GCGUAACGUGUUUACGCUUCGAUAACCUAUGAGGGUUACACGGCUCAACGUCUCAAAUGUUUACACGCUCGAUAGUGCUCGAAUACAUUUUUACUUAUGAGAAAAUUAAUAUUGAUCUAUAAUAUUCAACAGAAAUUAUGACUACUAAAUCCAAAAUGAAUAAUAAAGAAGAAGUCUUAUUGACUGAAGUUCCUAGUAGUUUGAAGCAAUUGGCUCGAUUAGUUGUUAGAGGUUUUUAUACUAUUGAAGAUUCACUUAUAAUAGAUAUGCUUGUCAGAAAUCCUUGUAUGAAAGAAGAUGAUAUCUGUGAUCUUUUAAAGUUUGACAAAAAAAUGUUAAGAGCACGAAUAACUUCAUUAAAAAAUGAUAAAUUUAUUCAAUCAAGAAACAGACUAGAAACUGGAUCUGAUGGAAAAGCUCAAAAAGUUAAUUAUUAUUUUAUAAACUAUAAAACAUUUGUUAAUGUUGUUAAAUAUAAAUUAGAUAUAAUGAGAAAAAAAUUAGAGACUGAAGAAAGAGAUGCAACAAGUAGAGCGAGUUUCAAAUGUACAAGUUGUUCAAAAACAUUUACUGAUUUAGAAGCAGAUUUGUUGUUUGAUAUGACAACAGGUGAUUUUAGGUGUACAUAUUGUACAGAAUUAGUUGAAGAAGAUAAAUCUGCAUUACCAAAACAGGAUUCAAGAUUGAUGUUAGCUAAGUUUAAUGAGCAAUUGCAACCAUUGUACACAUUGCUACAAGAAGUAGAAGGAAUUAAAUUAGCCCCAGAAGUUCUGGAACCUGAACCUACUGAUAUCAAUGCUAUUAGAGGGUCUGAUAACAAAAAACCAAAUAAUAAUCGUGGACCACUUGAUCAAUGGUCUGGAGAAGCAACAAGAUCAUCUGGAUUUGCUGUUGAAGAUACUCGCGUUGAUGUAUUAAUAGGAGAUGAAAUAGUAGAUAAUAACAAGAGUAACCAGAGGAAAGAACGACCAAUCUGGCUUAUGGAAAGUACAGUUAUCACUCAAGAUUCAACACAGACCCAAAAUAAUCCAGACAGCGUACUUGAAAAAGCUGCUGCUGCCGCUUCAAAUGUUAAUACAAAUAAACAAGGUGACGAUAUAAUGUCAGUUCUUCUUGCACAUGAGAAAAAAGGAAGUACCAAUGCCACAGCUGUUAAGGGCUUGUUGCACGAUGAAAGCGGAUCUAGUGAAGAAUCUAAUGACAUGCAAGCCAUUAAUACAGGUGAAGUUGAAACGAUGGAUUCAGACGAUGACGAAGAUGUGCCUUUAGUCAGUGUCAAUGGUAAACGUAUCGCCAUUACAGACAUUGAUGAUGCUGUUAUCAAAGAGAUGUCUGCAGCGGAAAAAGAUGCUUACAUACAAAUAUAUCAAGAGUAUUACUCUUCCAUGUAUGAUUAGGAUGAAUGUAAGUGAAAGAUCGAAAGGUAAUGUAAACUGUAAAAUAAAUGUGUAAAUAGAUA